CAACCUGGUCUAUCUGGCCGGCUCUAUUCCUGUAUUCAUGCUCUUUAUUGCUCUAGUCUAAACCAUUUUGUCCUUUUCAGAUUUCGUGAUAAUUUGAAUGAGGUGUAAAAAUAAUUUAUCUUGCUUCUGACAUCUCCAAUUUGCAUUUCUUAGCAAUAGUCAAGUCUUCGUCUCACAAAUUUCCCGCCUACAGUUUAGUGCCUGCGUUGACAGACUUGGUCCGAAAAAAUUAUUACUUCAUAAAUUCCGGUUUAAAUAGUCAAAAGAGCCGCUGCCCGCUUUCUUUACAUUCUAAUACUAGGGGCACAGAGCUCAAUUCUCUAAUUCUUUUCCACAAAUAGCGAUGGUCUCUCCGAUACUGUCGCAGUCAAGUACGACGCCCCUCGCUCAAGAGGCUUUGUCCAAUAGUCCCGAUAGCAUCAAUAGCGAAGAUAGCAACGAAAACCCAGUUCAGCGGAACGAGCUAGAAAACGCUUCAGCGAACUCUACUUCCAGCAUAACUCAAAGUAGCCUCGCAGCUGCUGCGGCCGAGAAACAUCUCAUCCGUAGACGAAAACACAAAAAUUCCAAACUCGGCUGUCCCAACUGUAAAAAGAGAAGAGUCAAGUGUACCGAAAACCUUCCGGCAUGCUCCAACUGUAUCAAACAUAAAGUCAAGUGUGGUUACUUGGACUACACGGAAGAGCAGCUCAAUGAACUCCGACAAGCCAAACUAGCCCAGGACUUUGAUGAACUAACUACUUCGAACGUCAAGAAAUCUAAACCGAAGACGAAAUCACUUUCGGCUCCUAAUAAGGCAACAACGGUCGUAGUUCCAAAGAAGGCUGCGUCGUUCGCAACGCCUUCCAUUCCUCACUCAGGCACCGGGUCGGGCGCAGGGUCCAUAAAUGCUCCAGAGUCCGUUGUGACAGGCACUGGAUUUGAAGGCAACGAGUUCGAUAACGACGACUCUAAUAACAAUAACGUUAACAACUUCAACAAUGUCGGUGUCAACAUUAAUAACAUGAACAACAUAAAUAACAACAUUAAUGGUAAUAAUAGUUCGUUCCUCAGAGAUGGGUAUGCGGACAACAUGAUGAUGGUAGAUCCUACGGCCGUUGACUUCUCUAAUUCGGCCUCUUCGUUCACUAUGUCAGAGAACUCGAUCGACUUCUCAAACCCAGCAGCCUUGAAUCCCGACAGCUAUGUAGCAUUUUCCAACGUAUCGACUAUACCUCCAUCACGAGUAACUCCAGCUCCGUACGCCUCAGCUUUGCCAAAUGCAAUCAGGUCGAAUACUACAUUCACUGUUAUUAAUGGAGAGCAAAUCGACUACCAAGAGAAGCUCUUGGAGGUCGUUGGGAUCUUGGGUCCGUCUAUCGAUAACGGAACUUGCCCAUUGCCGCAGAUCCGCCACUUGUACUACGUGUGGUUGAACUCGUUUAUAUAUAGAUCGUAUACAUCCGAGAUGAUGUUCAGUUGCUUGAUCAAUUUAACGACAAACUACCUCAUCACAAACUGUUUCAUCAACUCCGACUCGUACAAGAAACAUUUGCCUCCUCAAGGCUCUUCUACGACUUCGUCUGAAUUGCCGUGGGAUGAAUCCCACCAAUCGCAGUUUGGCGACAAGCUAUCGCACUACGCUAGAGUUAUCAAGGACAUGCGUUACUUCUUGAACAAGAAUGAGGACCCAGAUUUGUGCUCAAGUGUCUCGUACAUUCUUAGUUUGAUGUCAAUCUACGAUCCAGAGGCUACACUUAAUAGUUCCAACUGUUUCAGAGACGGACUUUUCAGCAUUUUGUCGUACAACAUCAACUUGACGUUGAAACGUAAAGGCGACAUAGGUAUAAUCAUUACAACGCAUCUCAAGUUGAUGAAGAACAUCGCCAGAUCGGUGUACUUGCCGGGAUAUGAUCCAGCUCUUUUAAUUGAAUUCCAGUCUGUCUUGAACAACUUUAGUGAGUUGAUCAGACCAGUCAUCAACAGAGUCAAAAAUUACGUACUCAGCAAUAACCUAGCUCCUGUUGAGAAGUUGCGAUUUGUUGAGGAGAAACUUGUUGAUUUGAUCGACUUCACCGACGACUGUAUCAACAAGUAUAUUCCUGCUAUAUACGACAAUUUUUCAGACAUCGACAAACAGCAGGAGUUGUUGUUUGACAUGAUCUACAGGUGGGUCAGAUUCUUUCCUUCGCGGCUAACAGUGAUCACGCCUGCCUCCGAUCCGUUGGAAAAGGUGCUCUAUUUGUUCUACAAGGUGUUGAAGAAGUCACUCUAUGCCAUUUUUCCCCAAGUCAAGUUCUUCUUCUUGCGUGACUUCGACAGUCCGCUCAUGUUAGAUGUCUUUGUAGUGAUCAAGGAUGUAGACAUAUUCUUCGAAUACUUGGAACACCCAAAAACGAACGUGUUGCCUUGGGAGUUGUAUGGCCAAAUUUUGCCUGAGUUGAAGAACAUGUCGUCGUACUUGAUCAGAUUGGUCACGUUUUUGCAGAUUCGUGUUGGUUUGUUGUACAGGUAUGUGGUGUAUGAACAAGUAGCAAAGGAAAAGUUCCCUAUCAAAGAUUCCCGCGCCUGGAGAGAUUCAAUCACCGAUAUUGAGGGAACGAGACAAGAGUUCAAUAAGGUCAUUGGACUCAAGGAAGUGCCGAUUAAGUCGUUUCUUAAGACCUACAUCAAGGUAGAGAACUAUCCAAGGCUUCUCCAGAAUGGCGAAGAUCCAUCCACUCAGGGCCACGAAUGUAUUGAAGCAGAAGUAGAUUUCCUGACGCUUCAGCAGAGUGGUCUUUUGAGAGACGAUUUCAACAUCAUGGCAGCUAUGAUGAAAGGUAGUUAG